ACAGACGCCUUACGGCCGUUUUAAAACACAUCUGGAUAUUGUUCUACCUGUCAGCCAUGAGCAAAAAAAAACUGACUUUUAAAUGGUUUGGGAAGCUCAAUAAUUUCUCCUCCUGCUGCGACAAAACUGCCCCGAGUGUGAAUGCGAGCCGCUGUAAAGCCAAGGCGGCGGCGGCGGUGGAGAACCAGCAGGCAGUGGACGACAUGGAGUCCUGCCUCCGGAGCCCCGGCUACGCCCGCUCCAGCGACAUGUUCACCCACAUCGGCACCUUGCCCCGCAGCGAGAGGCAGAGCUCCUUCAGGGAGCCGACGGAGAGAAAGAGGUCUGAGAAGGGAGAGCGGGGAAGGACGAGCGAGGGGCAGAGCGAGCUGAAGGCGGGGGAGCGGGUCAGAGACUCCCCCCUGCUCAGCGCCCUGUCCAGCCUCAGUCUGACCAGCAUGGAGCUGCAGCCGCCGCUCUCAGACCGGCCGCUGCCCUGCACGCCGAGUCCCACCCGGGUGACACCUUUGACCCCUGCACCCGGCGGCUCGGAACCUCCCGUCAGCGGCCCCGAGGCAUCGGGGGGCAACCCCGACAGAGAGCUCUCAAACAAGCACGGUGGCAAGACCGUCUCCAAGCAGGAUGUGUAUGUGCCGAUGGACCCGAUAUCUGGACCGGCUCCCAGCCCCGCGGAGCCCCCAGCGGAGAGGCGAGGUCCACUGGGUGCUCAGGAAACCAGCUCAGAGGAAGUGGGGGCUGUGGACAGGUGUUUACAGAUGACCGACAGCAGUGGAGAGUACGUGAAGUUCUCCAAGGAGAAGUUCUGGUCGGAGCCGCGGACGGACAGGCUGAGGAAGCAGCUGGAGGAGGAGCUGAAGCUGAGCGGCACCAACCUGAAGAGCCACGCCUGGUACCACGGACGCAUCCCCUGGGAGGUGUCGGAGAGCCUGGUGGUGAACCACGGAGACUUCCUGGUCCGGGACUCUCAGUCCAGUCGGGGCGACUUCGUCCUCACCAGCCACUGGGAGCAGAAAACCCGUCACUUCCUCAUCAGGAAGACGGCGGUUCCGUCCGGCGAGACCUACACCCGCGUCCAGUACAGCCUGGAGGGCGAGGCCUUCGACUCGCUCCCGGCCCUCGUCCACUUCUACGUGGGCAGCCGGGCGGCUCUGACCCGGUGGAGCGCCGCGCAGAUCCAGCGGCCGGUGAACAGGAUGGUGCCGCUCAGCUACCUGGAGGCCAGCCUUCAUACCGACGUCGGACCCAAGUCCUGCCGAGGAGGCCCGAAGGACGACAGCAGGAGAGACCAGUCUGUCUGUCCGAGAAGUCCUUCCUCUCUCCACCAAGAGGGGGCAGACGUUACCUGGGAACAGGACCACGCAGCCCUGACGGCCGCUGAGGGAUCGUCCCACAUCACUCCGUGCAGCCACACUCCACAGACCGGAAGCCCUUGCAGCAACAGAGCGGCCAGCGUGACUCCGCCCACAACCGUCUCCAGGCGUUCGGACCCCGGAGCCCUGUCGUCUCCCAGCAGCACCCUGCACAGACAGCAGCUCGACAGCCCGCAGCUGCCGCCAGACCAGCCCCUCCCUGCCCUUCAGACGGACACGGAGCUCCGCCCCGGCGCCCAGAGCUACGUGGAGCGGCUGCAGGCGGAUAAAGGCGGUUCCAGCUCCGACCCGCUCAGGGCCGAGGACGGACAUGUGCACUUCUCCCCAGUGGUGGAGACGCUCUCGUGUUUCAGACCCAGCAGGUACCGGUCCCAGCUGAUGCCCGGGGAGAACCGGCCUCUGGAGGCGUGCGUGCUGCGGCGGGUGAAGGAGCUGCUGGCGGAGGUCGACCCCGCGGCGGCGGCCCGACACAUCACCAAGAUCGAUUGUGCGGUGGCAAGAAUUCUGGAGGUGACGCCGGAGAUGCAAAGGAUGAUGGGAGUGAGUUCAGGGAUGGAGCUGCUCACGCUGCCGCACGGACAGCGGCUGAGGCUGGACCUGCUGGAGAGGUUCCACGCCAUGGCGACCAUGUUUGCUGUGAACGUGUUGGGCUGCACGGGGACGAACGAGGAGCGGGCCGCCCUUCUUCACAAAAUCAUCCAGAUCGCCGCCGACCUAAAGAGCACCAUGGGCAACAUGUUCGGCUUCGCCGCCGUCAUGAGAGCGCUGGAGCUGCCGCAGGUGUCUCGUCUGGAGGAGACUUGGAUGGCGUUACGGCAGCGACACACAGAGGGCGCCAUUCUUUAUGAGAAAACUCUGAGGCCGUUUAUGAAGAGCCUAAACGAAGGGCGAGAGAGUUGUCCGUUGUCCACCACCACGUUCCCCCACGUGCUCCCAAUCGUGAAUCUGCUGGAGAAAAGCAUGGUGAUGGGCGAGGGGGCGGAGCAGUGGGAGACGAUGGAGGUGGGAAUGGAUGUCGUCAUGUUUCACCUGGGAGCGGCGAGGACCGUCGCUCAGCUGGGGGGCAUCUACUGCUCCAACGCUGGAAGCAAACUGCAAGGUUUCCAUGAACAGGCGGAGAUCCAGGAGCUCUUCCUCACAGACUUUCAGCUGAGGCUGCUGUGGGGGAGCAGGGGAGCCGAGGAGAACCAGGCUGCCAGAUACUCCAAGUUCGACCAGGUCCUGACCGCCUUGUCCAACAAGCUCCAGCCCCCCGUCCGGCGAAACUAACCCCAGGCGACGAUCUUAACCGGGAUGAGCCCGGCUCCGGGCUUCUGUUGGACACGGAGAGUUUCUUCUGCAGGUCUUCUGACUAGACUGAAGUCGGCCCUCGUCUGCCCAGAAGAGACAAGUGGGAAAGUCACUUCUGCAACACAAGUGUCUUCAUGCAUUAAUCAGAAAAGGUUUAAAUGUGAAAGAAAUGUUCCUCAAAAGGUGCAUUUUGAUUGCAACCGCCUUUUUUAGUCAUGAGGUUGCUUUUGGCCUAAACGGAGCUCCAGGGAAGGUAUUUGUUUUACUGUAUUUGUAAUCUCAACAAAAGGUACUGAUUGAGUUAUAUCUUUCAUGCAAGUUGUUCAAAAGAAAGUCAUUACUUCUUGCAAACAACUUUGGUUGAAGGAACUUGAGGUUGAAUGAGGAUAUGCAGACAAAUGGAGUGAAUCACAGAAAUAAAGCAUUAAUAUCUAAUUGUUUCACUGCUUUUUAUACUCUUAGGAUGAAACAAACACACCAAGAAGCGCAGAAAUGUGUAACAAAAUAACAGAUUUGAAUUAAUACUUCCUGGUUUGACUCCACUGUGUGUGUAACACUCGACCCAGUUGACACGUUCACAAUUAAAGACUUUGUUUGUCUAAUCCCCCUUGUGCCAUACGCCUCGAUGGAACUGUAAAACAUUCAAGUUGAAAAUAUCUUUUUAACGCGGCACAUGUUCAGAGGCCUCAGCAAAUGUGGCGCUAGUUGAUACUGGGGGGGGGUGUGUUAGGUAGUUGUUCUCACUGAAUGUCAGACUUUCAGACCUCCAACAAGGGAGGAGGUGUUAUAGCAGCAUUUUAGAUUUGGUAGAUUAACAAAUUAAUGUUAUUUUACCCAUUUUUUUUAAAAUUCCUAUAGGUAAGUUUCCUUCAUGAGGAGCUCCAACUCUCAAUGAGCUUUGUAAACAUGAGACAGAAUGUGGUACCGUCACCAGGUUCUGCUGUAAUAUUGGAAUCCUGCAAACGGCUCCCGAGACGAGGCUGUGCCUCAGUCCGGCAACAGAUAUGAUCUGUGUGGAUGUUUGGAUCUGCCUGAAGGCUGGACCUUCUUUUAAGCCAUACGGUACAACCCAGUAACAUUUCCCAUCUGUUCCACUAUCAUGUGCUAAUUGUGUUAGCAUUUACUUGUUUCAGGUGAAUAUUUAAUGUAAUUUUUAAUCUUUAACGUGCUGCACUUAUUGCUGAGGUCGGUACACUUAUGAAAAUCGUGUCUUUUUUUUUGGGGGGGGGGAGUAAGUGAACUGAAUCUCGCUGCAAGUAUGGCACGCAGCUCCGGUACAGUUUCUCUGUUAAUUUACAUGGUUUUAAUGUCUAGUAUUUAUCUGUAUAGUCUGCUGUAACUAUGAAUAAACAUGUUUUCUUCAUUGAAAAAUAAGUUUAUUUGAAUAAAA